GCUUCUUACGUCGUCACCACUUGUCAAUUUCUAGUUCAUAUAAUUCUCUCAUAAAACUCUCCACGAGUACUUUAGUUUUGCUUUCAAGAAGUUUAAUUUAACUUUAGUUUAACACAAAUAACGAGACGAAGAAAAUAAAAAAUGUCUGGAAAAUCAAAAGCAUUUACUAAAGAAGAGGAACUUUUACUUCAAGAUUUCUCAAGAAAUGUUUCAACAAAAUCAUCUGCAUUGUUUUAUGGCAAUGCUUUUAUCGUAUCGUCAAUUCCCAUCUGGCUUUUCUGGAGGAUACAUCUUAUUGACUUGUAUGCAAAUUUGAUUUCAUUCGUCCUUGUGACUUUAGCAAGUACAUACGCGCUUGCAGUUGCUUACAAAAAUACGAAAUUUGUCUUAAAACAUAAGAUUGCAGUGAAGCGAGAAGAUGCUGUUACACGUGAAAUGAGCAGAAAAUUAUCUGAGGAUAAGAAAAUGAGCAAAAAAGAGAAGGAUGAGAGAAUUUUGUGGAAGAAAAAUGAAGUGGCUGACUAUGAAGCAACGACAUUUUCAAUUUUCUACAAUAAUGCACUUUUCUUGGCUCUUGUCAUUCUUUUGUCAUUUUAUAUUCUCAAAACAUUGACGCCUGCUUUCAAUUAUGUUUUUUCAAUAGGAACAACGAGCAUUUUACUAGCACUCAUAUCAACUGGUACUCAAUAAAAUAGCUAUAAAUUUUUGUUAAUUUAUUCGCCGUAAGACAUUUUCAAUAUAUUUCGUUAGCUCAUCUUUUGAUACAAAAUAUUAUUGUGCUAUGUGCAUAAAAAUACAGUUUUAUUUAUACAUACA